AUGGCGCUUCGCAUCUUUCGCAUUCCGCGCAUUCAGCGCUUUUUGGUCGUCCUGAGCUUACAGACCGGCGCCUCGCUAAUUACCUUGUCAUUACUUCUCAACAAAAUUAGCGGUCUAUAUGGACUACUCGCUCUAUUAACUGGAUAUCAUCUGUCGCCCAUCCAAUUAUCCAUGUACAUCUACUCACUGGCCGCCCUUGCCCUCGCCGUGAUACUUUUUCCUCAUAUCAAAAAACAAACGCCUUUCCAUUGCUUGGGCCUCGCCUGGCUCUACUUCUUCGAUACCGCCAUCAACGCCGCGUACACAGUUGCAUUUGGUGUGACAUGGUUCUUGGUUGUGUCUCAACAUAAGCACAAUUCGCCCACUACGUCUGGUCCCGGCUCAACGAUUGAUGAUACAUCCGGCUUCACGAGCCCGAAAUACAAUGUCUCGUCGGUACAUAUUCCUGUCCCCGGAGACAGAAUCACAGCAGAUCCGGCAGCCUCACCAGCCGGCGUUGCGGAUGCAAUAACCGGCACUCCCAGUCUCGGCGAUGGAAUCAAACAACCCGAGAGCUUCGAAAGCAUCAUUAUGAUUUCCGUCCUGUUGCUGAUUCGACUAUACUUUGUCCUGGUCAUGUUUGCCUUUGCCAGGCAGACAUUGCGCCAGAAGCUGCUAAAUGGUUCGCAACCAUCCUACAAUCAGCUUCCUACGCACAGUCGUGCCACAUCAGUGGCAACGGUGGCUAGUGCAGCUGAUAUUGACCGAGAGCCUUUCCUCCCUGGUACACCCGAAGGUCAGGGUUGGCAAGGAACUCUUGGCCGUGCCAUGAUUAGCGUUUUUAGGAAUUACUGGCUCGCUCCCGAUACCUCGGAAGUCGAAGAUGCGAGCUGGAUGGAUGGAUUCGGUCGCAGUAUGCAUACUCGCAACGAUCCGACCAUUGAAGGCCUAACGGAGCGAGAACGACGUCGCCGGUCUGGCACCGGCCCUCCAAAGCCAUCGCAGUCUGUCCUUCAAGCUGCUUCGUUGAUGCAGCCCAUUGGCGGCGAAGGUGGCAAUGCCGGAGUUGACCUUCAAGAUCUGAACGAAACUAGAUAA